AUGGCUGCCAUCGAUGCUGGGUACCACCACUUUGAUUGUGCCUACGUGUACCAGAAUGAGAAUGAAGCUGGGGAAGGGAUCCAGCAGAAAAUCAAGGAAGGCAUUGUGAAACGAGGACCUUUCAUCAUCAGUAAGCUAUGGUGUACGUUUCAUGAAAAACCUCUGGUGAAGGGAGCGUGCCAGAACACUCUUGCCAUCCUGAAGCUGCAUUACCUGGAUCUCUACCUCAUGCACUGGCCUCUUGGGUUCAAGGCAGGACAUGAGCUGUUUCCCACAGAUGACAAAGGCAUGUCCAUACCCAGCAAUACAGAUAUUCUACAGACAUGGGAGGCCAUGGAAGAGCUGGUGGAUGCCGGUCUGGUAAAAGCCAUUGGAAUCUCCAACUUUAACCGUGAGCAGAUUGAAAGAAUCCUGAACAAACCAGGACUGAAGCACAAGCCUGCAAAUAACCAGGUUCUCCUUCGCUUCCAGAUCCAGAGAAAUGUGAUUGCAGUUCCCAAGUCUGUCACACCACAGCGCAUUGCGGAGAACUUCAAGGUGUUUGACUUUUAACUGACUAAAGAUGAGAUGGCAACCCUUCUCAGCUUUAAGAGAAACUGGAGCAUCUGUGCAAUGAGCAUGUCUAAAACUCACAAGGAGUACUCUUCCCAUGCAGAAUACUGA